AUGGCCGACCUGAGCAUGGGCGAGGUGACCAGCAACAACGACGGUACCCCCACGGAGACGCUGACGAAGUUCCUGUUGGAGCUGUCCAGGGAGAACGCGGUGCAGAGUUUUAACAACUACCGGAGGCACCUGGGACUGACCGCUUACGGGAGUUUCUACCAGUUGACCGGGAACCGGGACACCGCUAAGGCGUUGAAACUGUUGUACGGCUCGGUGGAAAACGUCGAACUAAUGGCGGGAAUGUUGGCGGAGAGGAAAGAUGACGUUUAUAGCGUUCCCACGUUCACGGUCGUGACCAAAAGUUUUAUAAUCAAUUCCAUUUUAACCAAUCCUUUGAACAGCGAAACGUCGUGGAAGCCAGAGACGUUUGGCGGAGACGUCGGCUUUUACCUGGUCGAGUCUGCCAACAUUAAAAAUUUCGUGUGCAACAACCUGGUCGAUAAAUGCUGCGAAUCAUCAGUCGAUGUUUUUAUCAAAUAA